CCACCAGGUAUCUCUUUCGUUUGCCGAAGCCGCAGGUACGGACUCCAUGACAAUGCUCCAGUUACUUUUCUAGUUUUCUUCCUCUUUGAUCGACAUCCUUCCGAUUGGUUUCUACUUUAUCUAAAUCUCCGCGAUAUUUGAUUCAUCGCGACGUCUUCACCUCGGAUCAUAAAAUUGGUGGAAUCGAACCAUGUUUAUUCUCUGUUCCUGGGACCAUGAGCCCGGAUCUAGGGUCCUUUAACUCUUGCAAAUUUGGAUUCAUCAUUUUUUUUUGUUGAUUUGGGCGACAAUAUAUCCUUCUUCUUUUUUUUUUUUUUUUUUUACUUUCGAUGUCUCAGAUCUGGCCAGCCGAUUCGACUCGUAGAUGAUGAAACCCUAAGGCCAACUUUGGUGGCGUUGAUUCCUCGAAUACUUCAUCGUCGCUGUUCUUCAUUGCGAUUAUAAGGUGAUCCGCGAUGAAUUCUAGGGCGGGGCAAACGUCAUAUCGUGAUCGGACGCAUGAGUUCGUUAAGGCUGUUGAGAAUUGCAAGAAGUCCUUCUCGUCGACUCUAAAUGGGCCGAGCAGCAGCACUGCGCCUAACUUGGAAGGACCUAAAUCAGCAGCCUCCAUCCAGUCGGAGUUCAGCAGGAGGGCUUCGCAAAUUGGACUUGGUAUCCAUCAGACUUCACAGAAACUUGCUAAGCUUGCGAAAUUGGCAAAAAGGACAUCAGUUUUUGAUGACCCUGCUAUGGAGAUUCAAGAAUUAACCUCAGUUAUCAAGAAGGAUAUUACUGCUUUAAAUAGCGUAGUUGUAGACCUGCAACUCCUCUGUAACUUGCAGAAUGAAAGUGGCAAUAUGUCCAGGGAUACUACCAAUCACUCUACUACUGUUGUUAAUAACUUAAAGAAUCGUUUGAUGAGCACUACAAAGGAGUUCAAGGAAGUAUUAACCAUGAGAACUGAGAAUUUGAAGGUUCAUGAGAGUAGAAGGCAGCUGUUUUCUUCAUCAGCAUCAAAGGAAGCAGCUAAUCCUUUCCUUAGACAGCAACCCCUUGUUUCUAAAGGAAGUAAUGAGUCUCCUGCUCCCCCAGCACCAUGGGAAAAUGACUCAACAUCUUCAUCUCCUUUGUUUCCAAGGAGGAAACCAAUUGGGGACCCAUCAUCUACACAGCCUUUAAUUCCGCAGCAGCAACAGCAACAACAAAUGGUUGCAAUACAGGAUAGUUACAUGCAGAGUAGAGCGGAAGCUCUUCAAAGUGUUGAGUCAACAAUUCAUGAGCUGAGUAAUAUUUUUACACAACUAGCUACUAUGGUUUCACAGCAGGGAGAGCUAGCAAUCAGGAUUGAUGAGAACAUGGAUGACACGUUAGCCAAUGUGGAAGGAGCACAAGGUCAACUGCUGAAGUACCUCAACAGCAUAUCCUCAAAUAGGUGGCUGAUGAUCAAGAUAUUCUUUGUUCUUAUGGUUUUCCUUAUGAUCUUUCUCUUUUUUGUUGCAUAAUUCCACCUCUGCUUUAGCUGAGUUAUUUUGUGCCAGUGAUCUGUACUCCUCACACUUGUUCCUUGAGUGGUUACUUCCUUGCAUGGAGCCUCUAAUCUCAUUUGGUACAAAAUGAACAAGCCUUGUAGAUCAAAUGUCCUGAAUCAUUAAAAAAAUGGAGAGAGAGAGAGAGAAUGGAAAUGUAGGACCAAGUGUAUGAAACUCUAGUGGAAUUACAAUUGGAAUUCUUGUGAUAUGCAACUACUUUUUAACA